CACUUAGUUUAACCUAAAUUAAUCUAUACUUAAUUAUUGCUUUUUAUUAAUAAUAAGUAAAAUAAAACAUUUUAUUUGUGUGAUUGGCUGCUCUAACGAAUUUGUGCAGUUUUAGGCGGAAUGAAAAGGUGAGACAAUCAUCCUGGCGGGCAGAGACCCUUGGGCCGUAAGCAGCGGUGUUUUGAAUUCCUGCAAUGUCUGGCUUUGCUCCCUUCGCAAGUAAUGCAGAACACCCUUUUCGACCACCAGCUCUUCAGAGGCAGCUCAACAUCGGCCUAAAUGUUCCCCUCAAGGCGAUCCCGGCUGUGCCCCCUCCUGUAAUGUCUGUGGCAAAUCCUUAUACUGUAAUGAAUGCUGGUCAUUGUGUUAAUGAGGCUAGGGAUAAAGGUGCCGACAAUGCUUCAGUAGUGACCAUCAAUGACAGGAAAGUGAGAUUAUCUAAUACAGGUUCAGAUUCCCUUUACACACUUUGUCGUCGUUGGGUUCGUAAUGAUAUGCCUGUUAAGGAUCAGCAUGAUCCUUGGGAUACUGUAAAGCCCCUUCCCAGGCCGUUAUCUGCUGGUGUCGCAGAAAGCAAUGAGGAAAAGAGUACAGAAGAUGACAAACAGGAUGAUAUGGAACCUGAAGGUUGCAGUGAGCUGGAAGGACCCAUGGGAAACAUAUCUGAACAUCAAUUAUUACAAAUGCAUGUGAGGAAUGCCAAAAAAAUUCGUGCAAGGUUGAGAAAUGAACGGAAGCAACGCAUAGGACGGUUUAAGCAGAGACUAGCUUUGCUGCUGCCUUCAUCUAUGGAGCAAAACAAAAACGACUCAGCAGUUGCCAUUUAGUCAGAUGCCUUCUAGCUUCACUUGAUGCAGUUUCCUUCCGAAGAAUGUUUCAAGAGUCAAAAUAUCUAUGCAAUGCUGGCAAUCACGGUUCAGGUUCUGAGGGGACGAAUGGCUGCUAUAAUUGAUCUUAUACUUGCAUUUACAAGAAAGAGGGUUAUUUUAUGAUAUUUUCUCAUCAAAGGUAAAAUUUUUGUAAACAAAUGACUAACCUAGUGGAGUUCCUAAUAUGUCAGCUAAAUAUUAGUGAUUUUUUAAUGGCUAACAUUUAUCAAUUGGUUAAUAAAUGAAAUUGGGGAUUUAAAAUUUA